CUUCAAGCUUGGAACUUUUGGUUUGGAUAUGGGGGUUCCAGGGAAGCUUCAAGUUGAUGGAGGAGUGUUGGAAUCCGAUGCCAAAAAAUGGGUCAUUGCCGGCAUCUCUUUACGAGCUCCAUUGAAGUCUAUUUACACUAUUCCUGUUGAUCAUCACAAAGAUACAGAAACCGCCAUUAAUGAUAAAGAAGAAGACGAAGAAGAAUCAUGUUCCAGUUCCACCACUCCAACGGGACAGGAAGCCAGAAUUCCGACGUCGUUGACAUGUCCACCUCCUCCGACGAAGAGAAAACCUACUUUGAAGUGUAAUUACGGGGGUGCUAGAGAGUUCUUUACUCCACCAGAGUUGGACACUGUCUUCAUACGCCGCCAUGUUUAA